UGCACCAACAUUUUCUUUUGGAAGUCAUCGGGUUUCCCAUGUGAGUUUUGCUGGUCCGUAUCUAGAGGAUGCUCCUCUGCCCCCGAAUAUGGCCUUGGUGAAAUCUAGUGCCUUUUAAGCACAUCCUGCCAAUCUCGGUGGAAUUGGUUGGAUACCGCAGCCGCUAUGUAUGUUGGUUUAACAUUCCAAAAGUAAACAUGAUGAAGACGGAGUGUUCAGGGGAAAGGUCGACCCUCCGCAGUGCUUCUCCUCACAGGAAUGCAUAUAGGACUGAGUUCCAAGCGUUGAAAAGCACCUUUGACAAACCCAAAUCCGAUGGGGAACAAAAGACAAAAGAUGGAGGAGAGGCUUCUCAGCAAACCAGGGGGAGGAAAUAUGGAUCUAAUGUCAACAGGAUUAAAAAUUUAUUCAUGCAAAUGGGCAUGGAGCCCAAUGAGAGCGGUAGUGGCAUGGCAAAGACCAGAAGUAAAGGGGGGCAGCUGUCACCUCAAAGAAGAAUUAAGCCUAAAGAAUUUGUGGAGAAAGGAGAUGGAUCUGUUGUGAAGUUGGAGUCUACAGUUUCAGAAAGGAUUAGUAGGUUUGAUGCUAUGCACGAUGGUCCUUCAUAUUCCAAGUUUACCGAAACACGGAAAUUGUUUGAAAGAAAUACUCAUGAACCAGGGCAUUCUAGUCACUUCUCCCCAAAGAAAGAGAGAUCGGUUUCCAAUAAUGAACUUCAGGACGAAUGGUGCAGUUCCAAGUCUAACAGGGGAAGUUCAGAUUCCCUGGACAGCCUUAGUUCAAGGACAGAGGCAGUUUCCCCCACAGUGAGUCAACUUAGCGCAGUGUUUGAAAAUACAGAUGCACAGCAAAGUAUUGUUUCAGAAAAAGCAGAGAACAAUGAAGAGUACUCCGUAACUGGUCACUAUCCGCUAAAUUUGUCUUCAGUGGACACAGAUCUAUCGUCCACUGUCACAAAGCACGAUGAUUUUAGCCCCAUUAAAGAUGCCAAUACUUGGCCUGUAGCCAAAGAAAGCACCACUUCUGUAUCUGUUGAGAAGUCUAAACAAGUCAGUAGUAGAUCUCCAUCCGCUAAUGAAAUUUCUAAAAGCACUUUGCCUGAUGUAAAAACAACUGGAAUACAAAACAAGGGUACCUGCUGUGAUUUUGUUGACACCUGUGAAACCACUAAGCCAGAAUCAGUAGAUGGGCCCAAAAGACAGAAUGCUAGUGAAAUCUUUACCAGGAAUAAGGCAGAAAUAGAGCCUGAAGUUCAAUCUUUGGAGCAGAAAAAGAUCUCAGAUGGAGCUGAAGGAACAGAAAUAUCAGGAAAUUUAAUAGCUGGUGAUAACGUUGCAAUUACUGAAGCCACACAUUCUGUUGGCACCCACUGUGAAGAUACAAAUGGAAAGGAAGCUCAGGAAGACUUGAAUAACUUUCAGAGUACUCAUGUGUACAUGCACUCUGAUUACAAUGUCUACAGGGUACGAUCAAGAUAUAAUUCCGACUGGGGAGAGACAGGAACAGAACAAGAUGACCAGGAAGACAGUGAUGAUAAUUAUUCUUAUGAACCUGACACAGAAUGUUCUGAAAUUACUGGAUUGCCAGAAGAAGAUGAUAUCCCAACAAACAGGAAGAUUCAGUUUAGUAGUGCGCCAAUUAAGGUUUUCAACACAUACUCAAAUGAAGACUAUGACAGGAGAAAUGAUGAAGUUGACCCCGUGGCUGCAUCAGCUGAAUAUGAAUUAGAGAAACGCGUGGAGAAACUGGAACUUUUCCCAGUAGAGCUCCAAAAAGAUGAAGACGGACUUGGCAUCAGUAUUAUUGGAAUGGGAGUAGGAGCAGAUGCAGGCCUCGAGAAACUGGGCAUAUUUGUCAAAACUGUAACAGAAGGUGGAGCAGCAGAAAGAGAUGGCAGGAUUCAAGUAAAUGACCAAAUUGUAGAAGUUGAUAGAAUCAGUCUGGUCGGAGUUACACAAAAUUUUGCUGCAACUGUUCUCCGAAAUACCAAAGGAAAAGUCAGGUUUAUAAUUGGCAGAGAAAAGCCAGGGCAAAUGAGCGAAGUGGCUCAGUUGAUUAGCCAGACCUUAGAGCAAGAACGUCGCCAGAGAGAGCUUUUGGAACAACACUAUGCACAGUAUGACGCAGAUGACGAUGAGAGUUGGAGAGCAAUGGUAAACCUUUCCCAGUUUUGUAAAUGUGAAUUAACAUGCAGCUGUAUUGCUCCAGUUGUGUGCCUUCAAGUCAUUUCUGAUCGUACUCAGAGAAAAUUUCAUGGAACCUCAGGCAACUACAAUAAAAAUAACAACUGUUAUCUUAAAAAGACAGGGGAAUAUGCCACUGAUGAAGACGAGGAUGACAUGGGGCCUAUCCUUCCAGGAGGAGAUAUGGCCAUCGAAGUGUUUGAGCUUCCUGAAAACGAGGACAUGUUUUCCCCAGCAGAACUGGACACUAGCAAACUAGCUCACAAAUUCAAAGAGUUGCAGAUCAAACAUGCAGUUACAGAAGCUGAGAUUCAGAAGCUGAAAACAAAGCUGCAGGCUGCUGAGAACGAGAAAGUAAGGUGGGAGCUGGAGAAGAACCAACUUCAGCAGAACAUUGAGGAGAAUAAGGACAGGAUGAUGAAACUCGAGAGCUACUGGAUUGAGGCGCAAACCUUGUGUCACACUGUCAAUGAACAUCUGAAGGAGACUCAAAGCCAAUAUCAGGCCCUAGAGAAGAAAUACAACAAAGCCAAGAAACUGAUUAAGGACUUUCAGCAAAAAGAACUUGAGUUUAUUAAACGACAAGAAGCUGAAAGAAAAAAAAUAGAAGAUCUGGAAAAAGCCCAUUUUCUCGAAGUUCAAGGUUUACAAGCUCGCAUUAGAGAACUGGAAACAGAGGUGUUCAGAUUACUGAAGCAAAAUGGAAGUCAAGUUAACAACAACAAUAACAUCUUCGAGAGGCACACGUCUCCUGGAGAAGUCUCAAGAGGAGAUGCAAUGGAAAACCUUGAUACAAAACAAGUGUCCUGCCUGGAUGCCUUAAGUCAAGAUUUUAAUGAAGCGGUCCCUGAGACAGAAAGGUUGGACUCCAAAGCACUGAAGACUCGUGUACAGCUUUCAGUAAAGAACAAAAGGUCAAGACCAACGAGAACAAGACUCUAUGACAGCAUCAGCUCUACAGAUGGAGAGGACAGCCUUGAAAGAAAGCCAUCGUACGGUCAUGGUAGCCCCACACACAUUACAAAAUCACAACUUUCCAUGUGUGUGAGAGCAUCCUCACCAGCAUCAGAUUCUGGUGCAUCUUCCCUUUCCCCCAUGGGUAGCGCAACAUUUGCAUUUGACAACAUACCUGGAAACCAGAGCAAAGAACAGCAGGACCUGAGUUUUGUAUGUUCGCAUGGAGGGACUCCACUCUCCUCUCCUUCAAAAUCCUGCCAGAGCUAUGAAGCAUCGCCUGUGCACCAUCCAACCAGAAGGAAUGUCUUCCAUCAUGAAGAUGGUGCCACAGGUAUCCAGUCACCAAGAGCAUCCAGCCCUUCUCUGGGGCAUAUAAGGAAAAUAAAACAAACAUUUGUAGAUCUUGGGGCUCCCUUGAGAAAGAGUUCAAACAAGGGCAAGAAGCGACGGGAGAGAGAACCAGUUAGGGUCUCAACUGGCUGCAGGACAACUAAGGAGCUGUUGGAGUUUUCAGCAGGUCGACCCUCUUUAAUCAAGCGUUCCACCUCUCUCCCGCAUAACACUAUGCCAUUUACAUGGUAUGGAGAGAGCAGCAAGAGAUCCAAUUCUUCCAGCAAUCUGCCUUCACCUACCAGUUCAACUGAUCCUUCUUCUGAAAACCUAAGCCCAGCUAAAAAGGGGUCCAAGAACUUAACUUUCAACGAUGACUUCAGUCCAAGCAGCACUAGUUCAGCUGAUCUGAGUGGAUUAGGAACAGAACCGAAAACCCCAGGAUUUUCACAUUCCAUAGCAUUAUCAUCAGAUGAGAGCUUGGAUAUGAUUGAUGAUGAGAUACUUGAUGAUGGACAAUCUCCCAAACACAGCCAGUCCCCAAAUUGGGCCCUUCAGGAAUGGAGUGUGCAGCAGGUUUCCAACUGGUUAGUGAGCCUGAAUUUAGAACAGUAUGUUCCUGAAUUCAGUACCCAAAACAUAAACGGAGAGCGUCUCCUUCAGAUGGAUGGUAGUAAACUUAAGGCCCUUGGCAUGACAUCUUCUCAGGACAGAGCUGUCGUUAAAAAGAAAAUUAAAGAAGCAAAAGUGUCUAUAGAGAAAGCGCGCAGAGCUCAAGAGAAGAUGGAGAAGCAAAGGGAAAAACUUCGGAAGAAGGAAAAAGAGCAAUUUCAGAGGAAGUCCCGGAAAGUGGAGAAGAGGUCACCGGAUUCAAUGGAGGGUGCUACUGAACAGUGAUGCAUAAGAAUUACUUCUUUUAGGAAAAAAGACAUUUCAGGGGAGAAAUUCGAAGCCAGGACUGUUUCUUUCCCAUCUUGGUUACACAGAGCUCUGUGUCCAUAUCUGAGGUUUUAACUCGAAUAAAUGAACUCAGUUUCCUUCAGUUGCAGAACACGCUGGUACUUUUAACAUAACCUGCAGCCCUAGACUGAAAUUGUGUUCUCACGACUGGGACUGAAAAACUAGCUGUUCAACUUGGGGCCAGCACAGGCAGCCUUUUUAUCUGCCCCACGCCCCCCAUUAUAUCCCCUUAUUAUCCUUGUUGUGUCUGGUUCCCUUCUUAACCAGUAGGACGCAGUAUUACAUCGCUUGCUUUGCUUUGAACUCUGAACCACCUCUGGAAAACGGGAAAUCUCAAGAAGUUUCAAUGGACUGGUGAAAGCAAGUAAACUUAAGUCAACUGGAUAUUGGUUAUUGUUGAAUUUUAGGGGGAGAACUGCUAGCGUUGGCAUUUCAUGCUUCUGGGAGAUGGGCUUCAGUUCACCUCGGUGCUCAGGGGAGAUGUUGCUUUGUCUCUACAGAGCAUGGUUUCAGGAUGUGGAGACAAUACGUUGGCGGAUGCCAUGUGCCCGUUGCAGAGUAAACAGUCUUCAUGAUGAUCAGGCGGGAAGGCAACUCCCCCAUUGUCCCUCUGCUUCCCAAACACCGCUCAUGUGAAUUAUACAGGAAGGAAAGCUAGGCCUUAACUUGCUUACACAGGACUAGAGAGUAACAUUUACCCUCUGGAUUUCUGAAUGAGGCUGACUCUCUAAGAUAGUUAGUUGGCUUGUGUUAGAUCUUUCAGAUAAUAGUUUUUCAUUUGAUGGGGGACAUGUCUAGUGACACUUUCCUGUAGCAUGCUGUAAGCUCAUUACUUCCAACAGAUACUGAACAGGUCCUUCCUUCCUUCUUUCCUUCUUUCUUUCUUUCGUGAGAAAUAUGCCCUACCUCCAGGUUUGGUUUUAGUACGUGGUAUGAUGCAAGGAGACGGGCAUUAGGUGAAUGAGGGCAAAGUGAGUUUUAUUAUAGAACUGGAAUUUAGCUUGCUUGUAAAACUAAUUGAAGGAAAGAGAUUUCCUUGAAUGUGCACUUUUAAAACACAGGAAAGGAAAUGACAAGACAAUGUGAGUUUUAUACUUCAAUGUCCUGUUAGUAGAGCGAUGCACUGGAAAAGAAAUCUAAAGUCAGCAUACAAGAGUAGUCCAGAGAAAUGAGGCAGGAACUCUUUAGAAAGCUCAUUUUCAACAACUUUCUAAUUUGGAUUUUUCUGAGACACAGCAGCCCUUAAACAGCCUGGAUAUGAUCCAACUAAAUUUGAGUGUGUUUAAAUGAUAUUAGUUUCAUUGGGAGUUAUUUGAUCACUUAUUUCAAUCUUGAAAAAUAUUUUAGAUGGUUUGCAUCCUUCACUAUUUUGCCAAAUGAUGUCCACUCUGAAAAUACACAGUUGGGAUUGAAUUUUAACCAUCUGUUGGGCGGCUAAUUAAUUUUGGCAUUCUAUCGAUGCUGCAUUUCACAGUAGACACUAAGGUUGAGUUCAAAUGAUGAAUGGGUUCUGUCAAUCAUAUACUUCACUUUACCAUCCAGGUUUCCUUUAAAGCCUAGCAGUUCGUAACACUGGAAUGUCAUAACAAAGUCUGGUAGCUAUGAGGUCACACAUUUUCCUCUACUGCAACAUGGUCAUCUAUCUACAUGAUAAUGACUGUAAUUCCCAUAGCAACAAAGAUCUACCAAAGGACUUUCAUAUUAAAUAACCUGUUUGCUUUGGCAGUUGCUUGUGUGACAAGAGGAAAAAAGGACCAGGGUUGCAGCAAGGACCCAUUGAUUGGAAGAUGCUUCUCCUUAGGGACCAAAUGCAACAGAAAACCUAACAACGGACUUGGUCAAACUAGGGUCCUUCGGUUUACUUAGGAGAUUAAGUGGUGAUAUUUAGACAAAAGAAGAAUAUCUGGGAGAAACUGGAAAUGUACUAUUUUAACUAUGAAGUUGGUAAAUGCAUUCGAUGCUCAUUUUCCUUUUUAAGUUAUGUUUACAUGCUGGUAAUUUAACGUGGAUGUAUAUACUAGUUCGGUCCAUGGGCACAACUUUCUGCUUUAUAUUAUUUAUGCUGUUCCUGUUGUUUUUCUAAGAUCCCCGUGGGUUAUAUUGCGUUGUACAUGGACUUUGCAUUUCUACUGUUUAGAACCAUGCAAACUGGAUUUUAAUGCUUCAGAUAACUAAUUUGAUUUGUGUCUUGUAAUUAUUCAUUUUUUGUUCAUUACUACUUUAGAGCUCAGCAUUGAAUUUUAACCUGACUUUUUUGUUGUUGUUGUUAAUGUGAAAGCCAUCCAGAUUUAAAGUGUGCAUGUGUGUCUGGAAGGGGAGACUCUCUGGUACUGAAGAAAUCAAAAUAUAAAAUAUAUUUGCCUUCUGUGUACAAACAAUUAGAAUGGACCAGGAAAGUCUGGGUUCUGCUCCUCACUAUAGGAAGAGGAUGUAUUUUUCAUGUUGCUCCUGCUUCUGUUUCCUCUUCUGUUUUUGUGUGAAAUAUUUGGCAUAAUUACAGCAUGGAUAUUUCUUCAGAUGUUUCUGAUCUUACCUCUAGGAAUCUUCUCUCUUUUUUUAAAAAAAACCUGGAAGCGUGAUUCUGAUGUCAUGGGAGGGAUCGUGUGAUGUGAAGGUUGCUGAGAUGCUGAGCUUGAAAAUGUUCUUGUUUUGGGGUUUUGCCCUGAAGUGGUGCCCAUGCAGCAGAUACAGUAUCUUUGCUGCUGGCAUCAUAAAUGAUGGGGAAAUAGCCUCUUGCCAAAGCCACCAAGGCCACUGAAAUCCAAGCCAGCUUCAAUGCUCAGAGUUCUGGAGUGAACAGCCGUUUGGAUAGACAGCCAGAGCGGUAUAUCCACAAGUAUAUCUUUUGUGCUAAACGGGAAUCCCUUGCUGGUUCCUCCAUCACACCAGAAUCUAAGAAGGGGCUGUGCUUGUUCUUUCCUUCCUUGCUAGUUCAUAUAGUGCCCAUUUUAAAACAUCCCAAAGCAGGUAAUGGCAUUCUGAUUUCAGCAUAUCUUCAUACAAAACAAAAGCAAUGAAAGAAGCAUGUUUGCCCCUAAAUUGUGACAAGAGCAAACCGUAAUUUCUUCUCUAUUGAUUCCCUUACAAUUCAGCAGUUUCCUACUUGUUUUAGUAACUGCUAAGGGGGCACACUCUCUAUUUGGGUUGCAGGCUGAGCCUUUACAAUACUUCAGUUUGCAUGACAGAACCUCUCCUGAUAGUGCAGCCGGGGUUGGUGUUAGGAGUUGGAAAAACAUGACAAUUGCCAAUGUCCACUAUGAGUACCAUGAUUUGGCCAAGGUGGACACUCCCUUUCUGAGACUCCAGUGCUGUACUGCUAUUGUAAUAGGGAGCUGAUCAGAAUUAGACUUACAACUUACUGAUCUUAUAUGCUGGAAUGGAGCCUUGAGAUGACAUCUCUGGAGUAAGUACUUUUGGUCCUGUGUGUGUAGAAAACUCCGCUCAUGAUGCUUAGAUGGCUAAGAAGACAAAUUCUUGGUGUUGCUGCUGCUCUUUGCAACAGUAGAUUGCAAAGUCAGAUUCUUUGGAAAGGCAGAUUCCCAAAGAAAGAAAACUCGUUUAUUGCGUAACCAGUGUUUCUUUUAAAUACUGAAAGAAAGGGUGUGAUUAAAACUUUAAAAAGAUGUAGGUUAAGAUCUUGCAUGAAGCACAUAGCCACAGUGCCCCCCAAAAGCCACCUUAAAAGCCAGUCAGCUGUCCUGAGUGACAGAGUACUGCUUGCAAGUGGGGCAUUUCUGAGAUGAUCUGAGCAGCCUCCUCUUGCCAGCUGUGAAGAACAGAAGCAAGGAGCCCUGCAAGGUCCUGUCUUUCUUGCAGCAUUAUUCAUUGGUUGGAAGAGAUUGUCAUGUCCUUCAGAGCCCCACUCGUUAUACAAUCUCUGCUGCUCAGAUAGCUGAUGGGCUUCUAAAGUGGAUUUCAUCAUUGGUUGUUGUGGCAGUAUUGCCAUGACUGUGAAUGAGUAUAUGAAACAGUGACAACGUCCUAAGUCCAACUUAGGGCAUUGUAGCUGGCUGAGAGGAUGCCAGCCACUACUGUUUGAAUUGGCUACAUAGUUGGUCAACCUAAAUAUUAAAAUAUUCUUUGAAAAAUAGGGGUUGGGAUACGAAAUAAAAGAUCAGAAUUGAUUGCGCACAAUGAUUAUUUGAUUUUCAGCUGGAAGUUAUCCCUCUACCUUUGUUCAGGGAUAACAGUCUUGCUAAUUUUUAAUCAAAACUUUUCUUAAUUCAUGCUUAGGAUUCUUUGUACUUUCAAGAGUUUCUCUUAUACUGUAAAGUCUCUGUGCAUUAAAAUGCUCAAUGGCUGCCCAAUCAGACACAUGUAGUAAGACAGGUUUCUGAUGUGUUUUCUAAUGUGUGUAAUUCAAAAUUAGAAUUAGUUCAAUUUAUCCAGCAUUUGGGCAAAAAGUGUUUUCUAAUAGAAAGAAGGUACCUUCUUUUCAACAUUUGUAAGCUAGGAAAUAUUACUUAAAACUCUCAUCAGCAAAGAAAGCACUGGUUGUUUUAUAUAUAUAUAUAUAUAUAUAAAACAACCAGUUUUAUAAAAUUUGGGAGUAUGGAGCAGUACACAGAACAUUUGUUUGUGAAAAAAGUUUUUUUUUUAAGAAUGUUUAUUCCGAAGGCUGUAGUUUUGGUGUAGUUUAGGUGUUUCUACAAAUUUUCAAGAAAUUGCUAUGAAUUAAAAUGGGAGCUGUGAGGCACAAUUUUGAUCUUUUCCAUUAUUCUCCACUGAAUUAGAAUACUGAAAAUAGAUACAAGUAGAAACUGGAAAAUGUUCAAGGGUUUCAUUGUUCACCUAUGUGUCUCCUUCUGGAAUAGCCCAUUGCAUUGCUUGUAGCCUUAAAAAUACAGGCAGCCCACUGGGGUUGGGGACUACUCUAGAAAAGAUCUUCGCAGCCACUGCUUCUGGUGAUGGCUUCCCACAAGAUUGAGUGGAAUGGUUUUCUUCUUUAAAUCAUAGAUGGAGGACAACAUGAUUUGGAAAAAAAUGUUUUCUGUAAAGUUUAUGCUUCCCAUUGUUUUUCUCUGGCUGCCUGCCUUGAUGUUGGGGUUUCUGUUAUUCUGGGGGAACUGCUUUGAGGCUGGUUUUUAUGCUGUAUACAAAGAUUGUUUUGGAAAACUCUGAGCAGCUUUUUAAUGAACCUGACUGCAACUUCAGAAAUAACUUGACUAAUCAACAUGGGUUACAGUUGUUGGUGAUUUUUAUCUUUUGGUUCAUGGCUUCUUUUAUUGCAUUCUUCUGACACUGUAAAUGUGUCUGUUUGGAAAGCUGUGGUGCUGCAGUCAGGAAAACACUCUACCUAGCAUUGUGCUGCGUACAAGGUGAGACAUGCUGUUAAAUAGAAAAGAAAAUAGGUCUUUGUAGACAUAGAUGUGUGCAUUUUGGUUAGUCCUUAAUGUUUGGUCUUUUUCCCCCUGUGAUGUUGAUUACUUCCGUUACCUUGGAGCUUUGUGGAAGGGUAACCUACCUUGCACAGUAUUUACAUAACAGCAGCUAAUUUCAAAUAGCCUAUUUCCCUGUUAACCCUAAUCUUUCUAUGAAAGUUAAGGCUGGAGGAAAGCAAGUGCUGUAGUUCUGUGUACCCCGUGCCUAGUUAACCCCUUGCCCAAAAAACUGAAGCAACUUGGCUAAAGAAAAGUGAUGGCUAGUGCUUCCAGUCACUGAGACAGUGAAUUUGCUCCAUGUGUUAGUCUGAACCUUAAAGAAAUUAUCUAAAAGAGCUAUCCAAAAUGCUGACCCUAGUUUGGGGAUAGAGUCGUACAAACACUGAGAGUACAUCAUUUAAAUGACAUCAGAAACAUCAGCCACCGUGGAAGGAAAUGUAUUCUCCAGUUGUAGAACCCGGGCUUCUUUCACUUUCACAAUGCAGUACAAUAGUUGCCAUGAAAUGAAAGUAAUAGAAGAGAUUUUUAGAACUUCCAAUGAAACAUAUUGCUUGGAGUAACGCUUCUUGAUAGUGCACUGAGAUUAAUGGAAUGAUUCCUGGUUGUAGGAGCAAACCCUACUCCAGAUUCUGUAGAAGGACCUUUGCUACUGUAUAAAACAAGUAGGAACGGAAUAACUUAAAAGAGGAUGGAAGUGUGCUCCAGAAAGGAACACAAGGGACCAACAAUAGAAACCAAUCCAAAUGAAAACUUAAGAUUCUCUUUUCAAAACUCUUUACACUGGAAUGUUUCUCCUUGUCAACUUCACUACUUUUUAGCUCUGCUUUUACAAAAAUGUUUACAUUCUCAUUGGGAAAUGACUAGUGUUACAUAUGGCUACCACAAGGCAGCCAACUUGGCAAAGUGCACUGUGACCCACUUCUUCAAAACUUUAGCUGGUCAUUCAGAGGGGAGGGGAGGGGGAGGAGAAGCGUAUUGAGGGGUUAAUGUAUGAAUUGCAUGUAAACUUGGUUUUUGUUUUUUUUUAAUUUCAUGUGUCAGAUCAUCUGCAUGGAAGAUGCCGCAGUGCCCUGUCUGAGUUUGUAUGCCUGUGAUUUCUUAUUUUUCUCCUUCUUUAAAUGAUUAACUUCCUAGGAAAAUAAUCUCUCUCUACAUUUAGUUACUUGGAGGCAUUAAAAUAAAAACAACAACAAACACCCCAGUUGCCCUUUGUAUUCUUAAUGGAUUUUUUAAAAAGAUUGUGACUAAUUUGUUAGUGUAUAUAAAUUUAUUGCCAAUGAUUAUUGUUGUUAGACAACGAAUGCAAUAAAAGAAAUAUUGAAACUCA